CCGUGACAUCACAUCCGUCAAGUUAAUAAAUCCUGGUAGACGGUCUCUUCCAGUCACGCGAAGGUAACGUUAGUCAGAAAAUCUGACGACAUAAUUCGCAGUCAAACUGCAAAGAAAAGGAGCGAAGAAGACCAGUCGUGUGUAUUAUACUGUACAGGAAAUUUGUUUUAGUAGUAAGGCAUAUAUAUUGGAUCAAAAUGGAUACCACACCAAAGGAUACUCGCAAAGUUAAAAAGCCUAAAAUGGAGGACGAGAGCAAAUAUCUUCCAGAGCUUCUGGCUGAGAAAGAUAGUCUCGAUGCAUCUUUUACCCACGCAAUGAAACUUCUAAAUGAAGAAAUCGAAAGGAUCCAGAAAGGCGAGCCCAAGAAAGAAGCUGAGACCUACCUUGACCUCUUUAGCACAAAGAAUGUUCGGGUAAAGGAGAGGGUGUUGAUCCCGAUAAAGCAGUACCCACGCUUCAACUUCGUUGGAAAGAUCUUGGGACCUCAGGGGAACACCAUCAAACGCCUUCAGGAGGAAACUGGAGCAAAGAUCUCCGUCCUUGGGAGAGGAUCCAUGAGGGACAAGAAUAAGGAGGAAGAGCUUAGGAAGGGAGGAGAGCCCAAAUAUGCUCAUCUGGCGAUGGAGUUGCACGUGUUCAUUGAAGUGUACGCUCCUAUUCCUGAGGCCUACCUGCGCAUGGCCCAUGCUAUGGAGGAGGUCAAAAAGUUCUUGGUUCCUGUCGAUAAUGUCGAGGACAUCCACCAGGAGCAGUUCAUGGAGAUGGGCUACUUGAAUGGCAACCAGGACCAAGGAGGCAGAGGCCGUGGAGGCCCACCAGGCAGGGGGAGGGGAGCCCCUCCACCCCAAAUGUCUGUGCCCAGGGGCCGAGGGAUGCUUCAACGUGGAGCAGGUCCCCGCGGUGGCGCGCAGCGAGGUGGGCCCGGUCGAGGCGGAGCUGUACGGGGAGCUCCUUCUGGCCGAGGCGGACCUCCACCCUCUGCACCCCCAGGCAGAGGGGGCGCUGCCACGCGGGCAAGGCCCUCUGCACCCCCGCCCCAGAGGAUGCUUCCCUCCUCUGCGCUCUCUCAUCAGCACCAGCACCAACAGCAGCAGCCCCAGCAUCAGCACCAACAUCCUGCAGCCCCUGAGUCCUAUGAGGAAUAUCCGUAUGAAGAAACCUACCCCGAGGGUGCUUACGAAGGCUAUGAGUACAGCCACUAUAGCCAGCCUCCCCAAGCAGAGACGGAGUACUAUGACUACGGACAUGGAGAAGCGCAGGAAACCUACGAGUCUUAUGCUGAGGAUGACUGGGAGGGAGGAUGGGCUGCAGGUGGAGGUGGUAAACCUGCCGCUGGCCGACAGAAUAAGAACGCCCCUCGCGCCCAUCCCUACUCACGACCUUUCUGAUUUCUCAGCCAGUUUCCUGGGCAACCACAUCGUGUUCUAACUCCUUUUUAACGACUCAAAGUAAUUUUUCACCUUUUCCAUCCUCCUUCUCUGUGAUGUUGAUCAAGAGGAAAACGUGUCCCUGUAACUGUUAAUGGGGCUGUUAAUGGUUCAUAGCCAGGACUGCGUGCACUGUUUGAUUUUAAUUUAAUUUAGCUGUCUACCCCUGCUUACCUUGCUUUUUUUUAUACUGUCUCAUCUGUAUGGUUAAAAUAGCCUGCUUGACAUGCGCCUUGUAAGAGCAUUGUGGUUGGUUUGUGAAGGUCAUUUUUUGUGUUUGAUAUUUUUAUGAUGUUUCCCCUUCUAGGAUUUUUUUUCUUUUUUUAUAAUAAACACCACAAAAAAAUCAAAUCAAAAAACAUUUGCGGCCACUAUAUUUUAUGAUCAAAUAAAGUAAAUGGCUACAAAAAAGAAAAGAACUCGGGAUGAAGGAACUCAAUAUACUGGUGUCCACGUAGCUUACUUUUAAGUCGUUCAGGAAAAUUUGAACUGUUUUCAAAACCUGUCCAUCUACUGAAUGUUCGAACAAUACAAUUUUGUUUUCAAAAACAAAAAAAUUCAAAAAACCUAAUUGUCCUUAAUUAGCACAGACCCUUUGUUAGUGUCGGCCUGAAGUAUACAUGGCUCCAUACCCAUGUUCAAAUUUCAAUAGCACCACUUAAAGAGGGAUGUCUUUCUGGCGCUUCAGUAGUCCUCUCAGGCUCAUCCAAAUGAGGCUGCAGCAGACCUAAUAGCAUGUAUGACUACAGCAUUUGGCCAAUCUCUAGAUUUCACAACUGUACAUAGCUUUUCCGUCAUUAAGCGUUGAGCAAUACUUGUGUAAGCUUGUCUAAAUAGGUGACUAAAUAUGACCUGUUUUGCUGCAGUAUGUCAAUAAAAUAGUUCUUUCCUUCAAA